GUAGCGAGGCGCGCGCAGGAGGAAGGGGGGGGGGCGGCAAGAUGGCGGCGGCGGCGGCGGGGAAGGUGAAGCAGGACAUGCCGCCGCCCGGCGGGUACGGGCCCAUCGACUACAAGCGGCACCUGCCGCGCCGCGGCCUCUCAGGUUACAGCCUCUUCGCGCUGGGCAUCGGCAGCCUCCUGCUGGGCUACUACACCAUCGUCAAGUGGAACCGCGAGCGCAGGCGGCUGCUCAUCGAGGACCUGGAGGCGCGGAUCGCCCUCAUGCCGCUGCUGCAGGCUGAGUCGGACCGCAGGACCCUGCGCCUGCUACGACAGAACCUGGACGAGGAAGCUAAAAUCAUGAAGGAUGUUCCUGGGUGGCAGGUCGGGGAGUCCCUGUUCCACACCGACCGCUGGGUGCCCCCGACGUUAGACGAGCUCUACUACCUGCGGCCGGCCAGCGAGCUGGACAACGAGAAGUUCGGCCUGCAGUAUUACGUCUGAAGCCCGGCAGAGCCCGAGCCCUCCCCGGGUUUCGGUCCCCCCAGGCACUGUGGGGGUGUCGUCUGUCAGACGUGCUCCUUGUUGACCAUGUGUUUGAGCGUCUGCUAUUACAACCACACGGAUGUGA